CCCGGGCAUUGGCUGGGAGUGGGAAGCUGCGCUGGAUGGAUGCAGCAGGCGAUGUUUUGCAGAGUUCCCCCCCGUUAUCUCCCCCUCAACCCGGUGCACCGGAUUCACCUGCCGCAAGGCUUCUCGAGAUUUCGAUCAUCUUGGCCUUCCAUAAGUGUUGUUGAAUACCGCUGCUAUCUUCAUGGACUUGCUUAGGAGAGGGCCUUCUAACAGGCUAAACCAGUGGGAUAGGGCACCGGGAGCACUUGAGUAUUAAUAAUGAAUUUAUCAGACAGAAUGACGGACUUUGCAGACCAGACCCGUUACGAUUAUGUCAACAGCACUUCUGUGUCUCAUGUAGGCAAUGGGACGUUUCGGGACAUUCGGCAGAUUAUCCACACAGCCACGCUGGUCACCUGCACGUUCCUCCUAAUUAUUAUCUUUUGCCUGGGAUCCUAUGGGAAUUUGGUGGUGUUUUUGUCCUUUUUUGAUCCAGCUUUUAGGAAAUUUAGGACGAACUUUGACUUCAUGAUCCUGAACCUGUCCUUCUGUGACCUCUUUAUUUGUUGCAUCUCUGCCCCCAUGUUUGCUUUUGUCUUAUUUUUUGACACUGGCAGCAACGUGCCCGACGCGUUUUGCUUCACAUUUCAUCUCACAAGCUCCGGAUUUAUUAUUAUGUCCUUAAAAACUGUAGCUGUGAUCGCACUUCACCGACUGCGGAUGGUGCUCGGACAGCAGCCCAAUCGGACAGCUUCUUUCCCAUGCACGUUAAUGCUCACGGUUCUCCUGUGGACCACAAGCUUUACCCUUGCCACGUUAGCCACGUUAAGGACACGGAAGUCUCGGAUAUGCCUUCCUAUGUACAGCUUAAUCAGCGGAGAGGGAAAAAUCAUCUUAUAUUUGUAUGUCAUCGAUUUCACCUUCUGCGUUGCUGUUGUCUCAGCUUCCUACAUCAUGAUUGCUCAGGCGUUACGGAAAAACGCCCAAGUGAGAAAGUGUCCCAUCAUCACAGUUGACACGACAAGACCCCAACCUUUUAUCGCCCCUGGAGUGGACGGGGUGCAGUGUGCCGUCCCUGCUCUGUACAGGAACCAGAAUUACAAUAAACUUCAGCAUGUUCAGACGCAUGCCUACACUAAAAAACUUAGCCAAAUGCCGGUUCCAACCAGCAGGCUACAGCUGGUGUCCGCAGUCAACCUAUCCACGGCGAAAGAUUCCAAAGCGGUAGUAACCUGCGUCGUUAUAGUAUUAUCUGUCCUCAUCUGCUGUCUCCCACUAGGGAUCUCUUUGGUCCAAGAUGUCUUAACCAACAGCAGCAGUUUUAUCCUAUACCAGUUUGAGCUUUGCGGGUUUACGUUGAUAUUUUUAAAGUCUGGAUUGAAUCCAUUUAUCUACUCCCGCAACAGUGCCGGCCUGAGGAGGAGAGUGCUGUGGUGCAUCCAGUAUGUGGCCCUUGGAUUUCUUUGCUGCAAACAGAAAACCAGACUGCGCGCUAUGGGAAAGGGUAGCCUCGAAGCCAACAGGAACAAGUCCUCUCACCACGAAACCAAUUCUGCAUAUAUGCUAUCUCCGAAACCACAGAAAAAGUUUGUGGACCAAGCCUGUGGCCCAAGCCAUUCGAAAGACAGUGUCCUCAGCCCAAAAGGGUCGGGGGGACAUCAACAUUAUGCCCAGAGUAGCUCUACUCCAAUUAACACCCGCAUAGAACCCUACUAUAGUAUAUAUAAUAGCAGCCCCUCGCAAGAAGUCAGCACACCCAAUAGCCUGCAACCAGUCAACUCCACAUUUGGGUUUGCCAAAUCAUAUAUUGCCAUGCAUUAUCAUAUCACUAAUGACUUAACGCAAGAAUGCGAUACCACCUCUGCCAAGCAAAUACCUGUGCCAUCUGUCUGACCUUGAGACUGUAUUAUGUAUCUUGUAAGCAUUUCAAACGUGUUAUUAAACUUGCCAUAAAGUUAUAGGUUUACAGUUGACCGUUCCACAAGCAUUUGGACUCAUGUACUAAAAAAAAAUAAAAAAAUAUUUUUCAUAU